AUGCAGGCUUUCAAAACCUGCGCUCCUCGGGCGCUGCGUUCUGCGACUACCACUUCGUCGAGAAGCUAUGCCACCGUCUCCUCCAGUUCAGCUUAUAGCCAGACGCGGAAUAACCUGAGAAUCAACGCCGACACCAAAGUCCUCUUUCAAGGAUUCACGGGGAAGCAGGGCACGUUUCAUGCUCAGCAGGCAAUUGAGUAUGGAACUAAGGUUGUUGAGGCCGGUUCUUUGCAUCUUGAUCUGCCCGUUUUCAAGUCUGUUUCCGAGGGGGUCAAGGAGACCGGAGCCAAUGCAAGCGUCAUAUUCGUACCGCCGCCGGUAGCGGCAGCAGGCAUAAUGGAAGCCCUUGAAGCUGAGAUCCCACUAGUUGUUUGCAUUACUGAAGGAAUUCCUCAACAUGACAUGCUCAGAGUCACCGACGCGCUAAAAACCCAAAGCAAAACACGUUUGGUCGGUCCCAACUGCCCUGGAAUCAUCGCGCCCGGCCAAUGCAAGAUCGGCAUCAUGCCAGGGUUCAUCCACAAACGAGGAAGAGUUGGAAUCGUCUCCAGGUCAGGAACAUUGACAUAUGAAGCGGUCAAUCAAACAACCCAAGCAGGUCUCGGGCAAUCUUUGGUCGUGGGCAUUGGCGGUGAUCCAUUCAGUGGCACCAACUUUAUUGACUGCCUGACCGUUUUCAUGGAAGACGACGAGACAGAGGGAAUCAUCAUGAUCGGAGAGAUCGGAGGCAGCGCCGAGGAAGAUGCUGCGGAGUUCCUGAAGAGCGAGAACAAGAAGAACAAGCCAGCAGUUAGCUUUAUCGCUGGUAUCAGUGCCCCUCCAGGGCGCCGAAUGGGACAUGCUGGUGCUAUUGUCAGCGGAGGGAAAGGUGGCGCCGAGUCGAAGAUCUCGGCACUGGAAGCCGCCGGAGUGGUCGUGGAGAGGAGCCCAGCCAUGUUGGGCAAGUCGUUGCAUGCACAGUUUGUCAACCGGGACCUGGUUUGA